CUUCUUUUUGAUCAUGUCUUAUUAUGGUAGACUUGAAAAAACCUUACUCUUUUCUGAUGGGAAAGGAAAAACAAGGAAGAUACUACCAAUCAAUAUCUCAAGCAUUGUGGAGUUGGUUCUGCAAGCAUUGGGAAAUAUUGAAGUUGGGGAAAGCCUUCCCUGAGCUCUCGAGCAUCAAGUCUUUGUUUCGGCUGAGGAAAAAGGUGAGAAACCUCACGCCUAAGUAUUACUCUGUUUUCACUUUUUUCUUCCUCUACGGUUCAUGCAACUAUGUUAUACAAUUACCUUGCGGUGCCGAGUUAUCAAUGGGAAGGUCUGAUCUGGACUUUGACCGUCGGAAGAAACACAUAAGCUCUCGAAUGUUUUAUGCAGACGAAACCGGGCGUAUGCACUCUCUCGAUUUGUCAACUCUCUUCAAUGACACCACUGAAACUGUGCCAUUGGGUCCAAAGACCAUCGCCGCAGUAAGAGCAGGUGAUGAAACUUACCUGAGAGAUAUGAAAAUUGAUGUUAAGCUUGCUCUAAGCUCAGUGAACGAUCAUGGGAAUACAAUGCUUCAUCUUGCUGCCGCCGCGGGUCACACCAGCUUAGUGUGUUAUAUACUCUAUGCAUACCCAGCUCUGCUUAUGAAGUCAAAUUCGAUGGGCGAAGUUGCUCUCCAUGUUGCAGCAGGUGCAGGCCAUCUUGCUGUUGUUGAGGCUCUGGUUAGUUUUAUUAAAGGUAUAUCUUGUAAUAAGCCUGGUGUUGCCAAAAAGAUAUACUUUGCCAAGGACAGACACCAAGACAAUGCUUUACAUGUUGCCUUAAAAAGAAAACAUGUGAAGGUGGCUUCCUGUUUGGUCUGUGCAGAGCAAGGUUUGUCUUUUGUAGCAAACAACGAUGGGUUUUCUCCCUUGUAUUUAGCUGUUGAAGCUGGACAGGUUGAUCUUGCAAAGCAAAUGUGGCAACAUUCAAAUAAUGGAUCAAGUAGCACAUCUACUUUAUCUUCAAAGAUUGGAGGAAGAUCCAUAGUACAUGGGGCGAUGAAGGCUAGGAGAAAAGAUAUCCUUGAGGCUAUACUUAGUGAAGAUGCAGGUCUUAUUAACUUUAGAGAUGAAGGAAGGACUUGUUUUUCUUUUGGAGCAUCCUUAGGGUAUUAUGAAGGGUUUUGCUAUCUGUUAGACAAAGCUCUAGACAGUGUUUAUGUCAGCGAUGAUGAUGGGUCCUUUCCAAUUCAUAUGGCCGUGAAGUAUGGUCAUGUCAAAAUUCUCAAGGCAAUUCUUAAACGUUGUCCAGACGCACUUGAGUUGCUCGACAGAGACAAUCAAAAUGUUCUUCAUGUCGCAGCAAAGAAUGGAAAACUCGAAGUCCUCAAGUUUAUCCUAAGAUGUUGUAAGGAUAAAAUCAAGGAAAAGUUGAUUAAUGAAGAAGAUGCGAAUGGUAACACACCAUUGCAUUUGGCCACCAAAAACUGGCACCCUAAAGUUGUAAGUAUGCUCACUUGGGACAAUAGAGUUGACCUGAAAACGCUGAACCAUAACGGUCUCACAGCUCUAGAUGUCGCCGAGGAAAACAUGGAUUCCAGCUACACCUUUUUUGAGAGGUUGACUUGGAUGGCUUUGAUAUCUGCUAGGUGCACCAAGAGGUCCCAAAUUGAUAAUAUCAACUCCAGGUUUACACUACCAGGGGGUUACAAUGGUUCUGUUCCCAACUUGGGAAUGGCAACAUUGGCCAAUAAAACAGCGUUCCAAGUGUUUCUGGUAUUCGACACCUUGGCGAUGUACUGUUCUAUCAUAACAAUAGUUGCUCUCAUUUGGGCGCAACUGGGCGAUCUUUCUCUCAUAAUGAAAGCCUUCAACCUUGCGUUGCCACUUCUCGGACUUGCGCUUACAUCCAUGUCGAUAGCUUUUAUGGCUGGCACGUAUGCUGCAGUAAGCCACCUCCCAUUGCUUGCCUAUUUGAUAUUGGGCAUCGGCUUGAUCUUCCUCUUGGUUUUACUGCUGAUCAUUAUUCCAUAUGUGUCCCCACAUUCUUCUACCCAACCCUUUCUUAGACACAUCUUUUACUGCCCCUAUUUCCUUAUGCUUUUGGCCGCUGGUGACAACAGAAACAAGUACUGAAAGUAUCCGAGGGUUUUUGAAUGGAUUUUGUCUGAAGUUCAUCUAGAUACCAUUGAGACGCGUGUGUCUCAUGACCAACAGAGAAGAAGGUAUUUCCCCAUUGAAUCUGAUAAACAAUAGCACAUGCAUUCGACAUUUAAGCUGUUUCCCUCGGUUUGGAGAAAGCAUUGAAUAUGUGCCAGAGUUCCUUACCAAUCUUAGAAUUUCGGAUCUUUUCAAUCUCCCUGGUGAAUGUCUUAUAAUGAACCAAUGUACUUCGUUUCUUGCGAAUAAAGAUGGAAUAUCUUC